AGAACAGGUGCUAUCAGAGCGGGAAUUUUAAAAGUUGACUAUGUUGCCGUCGCUUGAAAAUCACUGCAUUGAAGCACAUUUUGGAGUCAGUAAUAAACAGAUCAAGGUAAGAUUUACACUUGGAAAUAGAAGAAUAUAUUGACAACGAUAUUGAUGACAGCGUUUUGCAUGACUACGGAUCCGCGAGAAACGGAUACGAUACGGUUGUCUAUUUCCUAGCCGCAAGUUUUGUAUAUAUGAUGAAUACAACUAGUUUAGUUUAGUAAAGAAAUGUCUCACACAUGCAACAGUGAAUAGCUUUGUAGACUAUCCAUUUAGAGUGUAUAUUGACUAACUGAAGAAUAUACGUUUUUUAGCCACAAAUCUAAUAUCGAAGAAAUAAGAACAAGAGUCGAGAUGUUUCAGAUUUUUCUAAAUUCCCACAUUUUUUUUCCAGGCGAAGAAACGUCAGUUGGAACGUGUAAGAAGACAAAGAAUCAAUGAAAGAUUGGAAAAACUGAAGGUGAUCGUCAUGAAGCAUCUGGGAAAUGAUGUGAGUUUGGAUUGACAAGUCUUAGUGUGUAUAUCAUAAUGGUCCUGAAAGGUAUAGUUAGAUAGCCAAAAGAAGGUUAAUCCUAUAGCACAUAUACCUGUCGUAAAAAUAGGACCUUUAAGCAGUAGAUUCUCGAUAGCUUAAACAUACUGGUAGAAACGCUAUAAGUUAUGAACAUAGGUUAAUAAUGCGUUUGUCCCAAGAACGAAGAAACAUUCAACAGGCUGAAUGCAAGUGGUCCAAUAUACACCAAUAAAUAAUUGUGUAAUAUUUUGUUUUGAAAACAAAGAUGCAGUUUUAAGAGAUCAAUAUUAAUAGCGAAACGAAAAUAGAUGCUUCAAGUGCAAUUAUAGCCAUAUUCUACAAUUUCAAGACUUGAUUAAGAGAAGCCAAAAUCUGGAGUGAUUAACAGCAGUUAAAAUACUAAAUAUAGUUUAAUUAAUACUGGAAGUUGAGCUUGUGAUAGAAGAUCGUGUGGCCAAGAAAAUAAUCGUUUUCUUUCUCCUCUUUUUUGAAUAGGUCGGAUUUUACCCACCAAUGGAAAAGGCAGAUAUCUUGGAGCUGGCCAUUAGAUGUUUAGAAGGGAAGGAAGAACCAUGUUCUAGUGAAGAGACAGCAAUACCAAACAGAAAACCAUUUGAAAGACUAGAAAACAUUCCCUCGCCAAACGGGAAACUAAAGCUGGAAACUACACCUAUACGAAAGCAAUGCUUGAAAACAACCUCAACUUCUGAACCUGAUGAAAACACGACAGUCAUUGGACAAUUUCCCGCCGAAUUUAAACCAUUGUUACAGCAUCCAAUCAGAUCGUUUAGCAUGAGAAACGAGUAUGAUGACGCCAUUCGCAUGGGCCAAUCAAAUCAAUCGCCAGUGAAGACUAAUGACUCGCUAAAGAAAAAUCCAAUAUGGCGCCCGUGGACAUUAUAGACCAUGUGGAAUAAAUGUUUAAUUUUAUGUAAAUAAUGCGAUAUUUUUCUCCCCAAGGGAGAAUAUUGAUUGAUAUUUUCGUAAUAGAAAAACAUGUAAAUAGG